AUGGCAUCCCAUACUGUACGGGAUGAUGAGGCUUUAAUGAAUAAUCGAUUCUCUUUUGAAGCAUUGGAUAGGUCAUUAUGUGAUGUGCUGAAAGAUGUCGGUGGAAGGUGCCCAGAUGAACAUUUCGGUGGGAAAUCAAUCUUGUUAAGUGGAGAUUUUUGUCAGAUUAUUCUUGUUAUCUCUGGUGGAACUAAGAUGUUUUGGUUAGAAGUCCACGUGAACUGCAAGUCCAAGGGUCAUCUGGAGAUUUAUCUCAACGCAAAUUCUGUUGAAGCGCCUUUUGGUCAUGGAAACAACACAGAAUUAUUAUAUCCAAUUGAGUUUAUAAAUCAGCUUGAAUUCAAUGGUGUCCCUUCACACGCUCUUGCUUUGAAAUUGGAGACACCAGUUAUGUUGCUUGGGAACCUUAACCCAGCUGCAGGUCUAUAUAAUGGAACAAGGCUCAUCAUCACAGAGCUUGCCAAAUGA